AUGGCGCCAAAGAGGAAAACACGCAAGUCUGCCGCUUCCGCCGCCGAGGAGGAGGCUGCUGCUGCUGCUCCACCACUCCCCGACGAGGCUGCUCCCUCGCCUUCUUCCUUGGACGAGCGGCCUCCUCUCCCGGACGCCGACGUCCCCGAGGCCGCGCCUGCCGACCAACCCCCUCUUCCGGCUGAGAACCCCCCGCUGCCGGACGAGCAGCCGCCUCUGCCCACUGAACAGCCUCCGCUUCCGGACGAGCCAUUACCGGUGGAGAAGGAUGACCAGGAGGAAGACGACGACGAUGAUGAUGACGAGGGAGAGGGAGAGGACGGGGAGACGAAGGACAAGGGAAAGGGCAAGAGCGACGCCGACGCCGGAACAUGGCAAGCCGUGUGGGCGCCAGAGUCGAAUGCGUACUACUUCUGGAACACCGAGUCGGGCGAGGUGACAUGGACCAACCCGCUCGCCCCCGAUGCCGAGAACGCGAGCGCCGCCGCAACCGCACCCCCACUGCCCGCCGAGCCCGCCCCGCCGCUCCCGUCCGCCUCCGCCUCCACCUCGGCACGACCACCCUCCGCCGCCGCCAACGGCCUGCCCGAGAUCGACCCGGGCCUCGCGUUCCUCAUGGCCCCCGAACAGCGCGGGUCCGACCCGGCCGCCGUCGCCAUGGCCGCCCGCAGGGGCCAGUACGCCGCCGACACCGGGUACAGCUUCCACCACUUGGAAGAGUACAACCGCGCCAAGCGCUUUGGCGAGCACUACUUUGAUGUGGAAGGGUACGAGAAGCAGCGCGCGGCCGAGGCGCUCAAGCGCAAGGCCGACGAGGAGGCCGGCGUCGGUACCAGCCGCAAGGUCACGAAGAAGGAUAUGGAGCGGUUCCGCGCCAAAAAGGCCGAAUACAAGCACCGCAGGAAUGCGUGGCUGUACGACUGA